AUGCCGGUCGUCAAGGGAGGAGUGUGGACAAAUAUUGAGGACGAAAUUCUCAAAGCUUCCGUCUCCAAGUACGGACUCCAGCAAUGGGCUCGCGUCUCCUCUCUGCUCGCGCGCAAAACUGCGAAGCAAUGCAAGGCGCGAUGGAACGAGUGGCUCGACCCCAGCAUCAAGAAGACAGAAUGGAGCAAGGAGGAAGAUGAGAAGCUGCUGCAUCUCGCCAAAAUCUGGCCAGAUCAAUGGCGCACGAUCGCUCAGGGCGUCGACCGGACCGCGAACCAGUGUCUGGAGCGCUACCAGAAGCUGCUCGAUGAGGCAGAAGCCCGCGAAUCCUCCGGCCUAGGUCUCGCUGGACCAGAGGGCGGAGAAACACAGGCACCCAGCGCGGACGAUGUGCGACGUCUACGACCUGGUGAACUCGACCCCGAUCCCGAGACGAAGCCCGCGAGACCGGACACCAUCGAUCUCGACGAGGAUGAGAAGGAGAUGCUCAGCGAGGCGCGUGCGCGUCUUGCCAACACGCAGGGAAAGAAGGCCAAGCGCAAGGCUCGGGAGCGUCAACAGGAAGAGUCACGUCGUCUAGCCAACCUGCAGAAGAGGCGAGAGUUGAAGACGGCGGGCAUCAACAUCCGGGUCACGCACAGGAAGAAGGGGGAGAUGGACUACAACGCGGAUAUUCCUUUCGAGAAGAAGCCAACGUUGGGAUUCUAUAACACAGCGGAGGAAAAGCUUCAAAACGACCGAGAACAAGCAGCCUUCGAUCCAGGGAAACAGCAUCUCGCGAAUAAAAGAAAAGGCGACGGCGACGAGGAUGGCGAUCGGAAGAGGAAAAAGACCGAAAAGGACGGACUGUCCGAUUCGCAAAAGGCAGCCAUCAAAGCUGGGCAGAUGCAAAAGCUGCGCGAGGCUGAGCAGGUCAGCAAGCGACGGGGUCUCAAUCUGCCUGCGCCGCAAGUGGGCGAGGGUGAGCUGGAGGAGAUCAUCAAGAUGGGAAAGCUAGGCGAGGCUGCGAACACAAUGGCCCGCGAGAGCGACAACGAUGCGACGCGUGGGCUGGUCAACUCGUACUCCACGGUCAACAGCAGCGCCCCUAUCCGAACGCCAAAGGUCGCUGAGCAGGACGACCACAUCGCCAAUGAGAUUCAGAACAUUCGCGCGUUGAAAAAUACCCAAUCUGCUCUGCUAGGGGGAGAAAACACACCUCUGCACGAGGGAUCAAGCUCCACCGGCUUCGAUGGCAUCGCGCCGCGCAAACAGAGCAUGGUCACGCCGAACCCUAUGGCGACCCCAAGGGGACCCAAUGGCGUAGCAGCUACUCCAGGCCGGCCUGGCCAGACACCGCGUGACGUAUACGCCCUGAACGACGACGAUGACUCCUUCAACGUGUCAGCAACGCCUCGCGACAUUAGGCUGCGCGACAAAGGUCUGAAAGGCCAGCUGCGCUCAGGACUUGCCUCGCUCCCGAAGCCAAAAGACAUCGAGUGGGAACUUGAUAUCCCCGAAGAACAGAAAGAGGCGAUGCAAGUCGAGGAACUUACAGAGGAGGACGCCGCCGAACGCGAUCGCCGAGAACGGGAGCGUCGAGAAGCAGAAGAAGCCCUCGAGCGCCGCCGCCGAACACAGGUCAUGCAGCGCAAUCUGCCCAGACCCCUGACAAUAGAUCUGAAAAGUAUGACCAAGCGAGCCGAGCAGAUUUCCGACCCUGGCGCCGCCCUGAUCGCCAAAGAAGCCGCCGCUCUCAUGGCCAAUGAUUCAGCGCGCUACCCCCUUCCGGGCGCUCAGAUCAAGGGCAAGCCUACGCCGCUGCCAGUCCUUGACGACAAGGCGCUCGCCGAAGCGCGACUGCUGAUACUCUCCGAGACGAAGCCACUACCCAAGUUCGACGAGGUCCGGUCGCUCUUUGAGAACCGUGCCAAAACAUCGACUCUUCUUGGCCUUGGCUGCUAUGAUGAUGAUGAGGAAGCGCAAAAGGCCGCCAUGCGAGUUGCCUUUGACGCUGUCCAAGAAUCCAUCAUGUCGUCUGCCGAAGAGGGUGCCAAGCUCGAGAAGAAGCUUGCGCUACAUCUUGGCGGUUAUCAAAAACGACAGAAGCUGCUUCGGGAGAAGUACACGGGCGCAUCGGACGCUCUCGAGAAGGCGCGCGACGCGCUCUCUGGCUUCCGCACCCUCGCCAUCUCGGAAGACACCGCUGUCGAGAGGAGGCUCGAGGCGCUCCGGUCCGAGGUAUCUCUGGUCAGCAAGCGUGAGCGGGAGGCACAGGACGCGUACAGACUGGCGCGAGACGAGGUGGAAGGGCUCAGGGCGGGAGGACCGAACGGAUAUCAUCAUUAA